AUGGCAACGGCAAGAGAGAGAAGGCUGCCACAGCUAAACCUCACGCUCGACAUGCCCUCGUGCUCCUCUCGAUACCCUGCCUUGGCACCCAUCGCUGCGCCGAACCCGUCCACGUCCGUGGCACGGCACAGUGACUUCCGCCCGUCUGAUUUCGAGAGGCUCGCCAUCCUGGGCCGUGGAAACGGCGGCACCGUAUACAAGGUCUCUCACCGCGGCACGUCGGCGCUCUACGCAUUAAAGGUCCUUCGCGGCGCCGAACCCGCCGCGGUUGCCGAGGCGGACAUCGCGUGCCGCGUCGACUCGCCGUACAUCGUCCGAUGCCAUUCGGUCCUCCCAACGGCCUCCGAUGACGUCUCGCUCCUUCUCGAGCUGAUGGAAGGCGGCUCACUAGACUCGCUCGUCGUCGGUCACGGAGGCCUGCCGGAGGGAGCGGUGGCGGAGGUAGCGGCGCAGGUGCUGUCCGGGCUCGCCUACCUCCGCUCCCGCCGCGUCGUUCACCGGGACAUCAAGCCGGCGAACAUCCUCGUCAGCAGAGCCGGGCAGGUCAAGCUCGCGGACUUCGGCAUCGCCAGUGUCGUCUCCCGAGCCGGCGAACACUGCGCCGCCUACGAGGGCACGCCCGCGUACAUGAGCCCCGAGCGCUUCGACACGGAGCGGCUGCAGGACGGCCACGCGGACCGAGCUGACCCCUAUGCCGCCGAUGUGUGGAACCUCGGGGUGACCGUCAUAGAGCUCGUCACGGGGCGGUACCCGAUGCUUCCGCCAGGGCAGACGCCGAGCUGGCCUGCUCUCAUGUGGGCCGUCUGCUUCGGCGAGCCACCUGCCCUGCCGGACGGCGUGGCGUCGCCGGAGCUCAGGGGUUUCGUGGCCGCGUGCUUGCAGAAGGACCACCGUAAGAGGGCGACUGCCGUGGAGCUUCUCGCGCACCCUUUCGUCGCCGGGAGGGACGUGGCGUCGUCGAGGCGUGCCCUCCGCAAGGUCAUUCAGCUGCGGUGUUCAUAA